GUAUAUAAUUAUUCUUGACAUAAGAAUUUCACAGUCAUACGCUCUACUUUAUACAACGACAGGGACCUUGUCGGUAAUUAUUCAGAUUCAACGUGUUCGUUCCAUUGCUCGUUGGUAUCCUUAUCUUUUUGGUCGUUUCGAACACUCUAGAGGUCUCUUGAACAUACAGUGUUACGUUCACAAAGUUAGCUUCUUCGACUGCCAUUACCCCCCAGGAGACGAUGAAGCAGUACAACUUCCUUCUAUUCCUGGUGUUGACCGUUCUCUGUGUGAGGUCCGCUCACAGCUGUAUGUGUGACUUCCCCCACCCCCAGAACAAAUUCUGCUCAGCUGAUUUUGUUAUCAAAGCAACAAUAGUGAAAGAAGAACUGAAGUUUGGGGACGAGUCAAUGGAUAUUCCAUUCCCACUGCAGAAAAACUACACAGUGCAAUUCAAGAAGAGAGACAUAUUCAAGGGGUCAUCUCUGCUGGGUUCUAGCGACACUCUGGUCAUCAAGACUUCCGGUACUCCGUGGAACUGUGGGGAAACAUUCACUCUCAACAAAGAAUAUGUCAUUUCAGGUUUUGUCAGUGACAGCGAGUUCUUUACAAAUAAUUGUCAGUGGAACCCCGAGUACCUGACCCUAGAGCCCCACCAAAGACGGGGGAUCCGGUACAUGUACGAACAGGGCUGUAACUGCACGAUUCACCAUUGCCGUGGUGAGAACUGCGACUUCCCCCAAUCACUGAAUCCGGACCAGACCUGUAUUUGGCCAGGGUCUUACAACACGAACGACUGCUACGCCAAAUACGGGUUCUGUUUACCGGAUAUUUUCGGAGUCUGCUACUGGAAACAAAACCGGAUGUUGGGAGGAUGUCUACAGAGGGAAGGAGGGGUUCUACCGUGAACCAAACCAGCUGGCAAAGAUCGUCACAAAGACUUUUGAAAAACGUCAUGUUUUCACUUUAAGUAUCAUGUAUAAUCAUCAACUUGAAGUUGUUUGUUGUCAAUUUAUAUUUGUAUAUACAAAGAUAUUUGUUUGAACAUAUUUAUAUAAUCAUGAUGAUAUAAAUCAGUUCAAACGCAAGUUCUAACAACUUACCAGUUGUUACAAGUUCUGAACAAAUAUAUUUGUUCUCUAGUGGUUUGAUCCCUCAUCAAUUCAAAAAGAUGUUGAAUGUUUUUCAGUUUAUUAUUAGUGUUGUGUUUCUGGUACGUUUCUUUUAAUUUUUUUUCCAGAUGAGAACGGUAAUUUUCCUUUGAUGAAUACUGUUUAGAAUAAGAACGCGUAGAAUGAUUUGUGUAUAUAUGUAAUGCAUCAUUUUUU